CCAAAACAACCCCUGAAACAUCCCCAGCGCGCGCUCGCCAUCUUCCGCAGUGGCCAUGAGCACGGUGCCGUGCCCUCUACUCCGGUUGUCCGGGCCCAGGGCGACGUCGGCGCGGAGGACGGUGCCGGCGCGCCGGAAGAGGUCUUUCAGGUCUUGCCAGCGCACUCGGUAGGGGAGCUGCGAGCAGCACUGGUUGAGAUCGACAGGAAAGGAUGGAUUGGGCACUUACGUUGCCCACGAAGAGCUGUGUGCACGUAUCCCAUCCGGCGGAGGCGCUGGAGCUGGCGGAGGAGGCCAUAGCCAUUUGGAUGACGGCCUCGAUGUCGUCGUUGCUCGGGGCGCCGCCGCCCGUAGCGGAAGCGAUGGACGAGCCGCCAGGACUUGCAUUCGCAGAGCCUGCGCUUGCGUUGUUGACGUUGGUGAGCCUCGCAAAGGCGGCGGCAGGCGAGAGGGCAGAGGGCGCGCCUGAUGUCAGCGGUGGGCUCGCAGUGCUGGAGGAGAGGCGCACGGAGAGAGAGAGGGCGGGGCGUGCGAGCGGGAGCAUGGCUGCACCGCGCGCUGGCAACGGCGGGCGUGGGCUGAGUGAUGCGGCGGACGAUGAGCGCCGCGCGUUGUGUGUUGCACGCUGGGGAAGUGGGUAUAUCACGAGGCAGAGUGCUGCGCCGAGUUUGCGACUGGAACGUCCUCGGCAGGAAACAUCGCCUGCCCCCGCGAUCCUCACGUGGCCGUGAUGUCACUGACGUCAUCCACACAGGUCACGUCGUGC